GUCGACCCGGGAACCGCCGGAAGUCGCUCAAAGGAAAGACAGGAAGUCCCUCCCCUUCCUCCCAGAGGGAAGACGGUGAGCCGGAGGAGUCAGUCAGAGGGGCGAGCAGGAGCGAUUCCGUCGGCAAACAGGUUAUGAGUGCCAAGUGAGCCGCCCUGGCAGAAGAAACAUCGUCAGCACGGUACUGAUGAUGGAUACUGAGAAGAAGCCAGAGAAUGAUGAGGAUGAAAACAGAAACAAAGAAGCAAGAGACUCGAGAAAUUCUUCAUCUCGUGAUGUAGAUUGUGGGCCCGUAUUUGAUGUGAUACAAAAUUCCUCAGAGAAUUCCACCAGUAAAAGAGGUUUUUCAGAACCCUCACACUGUGGCAGUGUCACUUUGGUGGAAGAUGAAAACAGACAUGCUUCCAAACGAAUGAAAUUAUCAGCCGAGGCAGAGCACCUCAAGCCUGAAGAGCAGGGCGUUCCCGGGCUGGAAACUUCUGAGAGCACAGUCCCACAAGUGCAUAUCCCGUUAGGUGAGACAGUGAAGGAGACCCUCCUGAGUGAAUGUCCAGAUGGAGGCACUUGUCUUCCCAAUGCCUUCUCCCCUCCUUGCAAUUUUAGCACUAUCGAUGCUGUUUCUCUGAACACAGACACUGAAAAAAAGUCUGCUCAGGAAAUGGUUUCCCUUGAUCCGGAAAGAGAAUCUCCUUCCCCCCUGAAAGAGAUCAGUGUUAGUUGUACCAUUGGAAAUGUAGAUACGGUUCUCAAAUGCAACGUAUGUGGUCAUUUGUUUUCUUCUUGCUCGGAUUUGGAGAAGCACGCAGAAUGCCACACGCACGCGUGCUGCCACUGUAGCCACAAAGCAGAGAGCAACUCGGCGUUACAUGUGCACGUCAGACAGACACACGGGCUGCAGCAGGUCUUCUCUUGUGAUCUUUGUGGCUUUCAGUGCAUGGAAGAAAACCUGUUGAAUGCACAUUAUCUUGGCAAAACACACCUCCGGCGUCAGAAUCUUGCUGCUCGUGGAGGAUUUGUACAGAUCUUAACAAAACAGCCCUUUCCUAAGAAACCAUGUACCAUGGGAACAAAAAAUGUUCGUGUAAAACCCAGGGCUUCUAAACCAGUAGCAAAGACUAGUGAUUCAAAAGGAUUACGAAACGUUGGAAGCAAAUUUAAAGAUUUCCGAGGAGGUGUUUCUAAGCAGAGUGGAAGCAGUGGCGAGCUGCUUGUUGAAAUGAUGCCGUCCAGGAAUGCUUCAUCAGAAACAGUAGAGAUUGCUGAGGAAAACAUACCUUCCCUUGGUAUAGCUCGAAAUCCUGAAAACCAGAGUAAGAAUAAAAAGUUAGGAGUGUUGGUAAGCUCAGAGGGUCUCUUAGAUAAAUUAGAAGCUACCAGAAAUACCCUACAGGCAGCACACGGUGUCAGUGUAAGCUCGAGACCAAGACCCGAGCGAAACAUCCUCACAUUGGGCAGUAGCUUCCGACGGCGAACUGGCACAUUUACUUUAAAAGGCCAGGCCAAGAAAAGGUUUAAUCUUUUAGGAAUUAGUAAAAGAGGAACUAAUGACACCCAGAGGAUGUAUAUGAGACACUUUAGAGCCCAGGUGAAGACAAGUGAGGCAGAGUCUGUGGCCAAACACGUAGAAACGAGCGGUGGUGUCCACAGUCUGUGUGUGACUUCCCCGGAAACCCCGGACCUGACGCAGGACAAAAGCUCCCAUGUCACCUGUUCCUUUGGCUCUGUGACAGUGAGGCCAGCUGCAGACCAUCAGAUGUGUGCUUGUACAGACUGUGGUCAAGCAGCGAUAAAUAGGACAGACGUGGAGAGCCACAGGGAGAGGGGCCCCGCUGGAGAGGUGAAGCUUUGCUGCCCAGCGUGUGGCUUUUCCAGCAUGUCGAGAGGGGACUUGGACAAGCAUGACCACCAGCAUCAGCACACCACCACUGGCCUCAGGUGUCAGUGCUGUUCAUUUAUUUCUGAGAACGAACUAAAUCUCAGAGACCACAUGAAGGAAAAGCACAAUAUGGGUUUUCUUUGCGCUCCUUGUAAUCUCUUUUUCUUGUCUGAGAAAGACAUGGAAGAACACAAAACAACCGAGAAGCAUAUUUGUUUAUUGGUUGAACCAAAGACUUCCCAGUCAUUUAACAGUGAUUUAGCUUUACAGACUUUACCCUUAAGUACUUUAGAAUCAGAAAAUACAAAAGAUCCUCUGAGUGAGUCAGGUAACGCAGCUCAGGAGGGACCUGCUAAGUCCAGGGGAAGCCAGGGGCAGGAACUAAGGCAUUCAAGUAAGCCUCAGUUUCAGUGUAAGAAGUGUUUUUAUAAAACUCGGUCUUCCACUGUUCUCACAAGACACAUCAAGCUCCGGCACGGCCAGGACUAUCACUUUCUUUGUAAAGCAUGUAAUCUUUAUUCGCUGAGCAAGGAAGGAAUGGAGAAGCACAUUAAGAGAAGCAAGCAUCUUGAAAACGCCAAGAAAAACAACAUUGGCUUAAGUUUUGAAGAGUGUAUUGAAAGGGUGUGUAUAGGUGCAAAUGACAAAAAAGAAGAGUUUCACAUUUCUGGACACGGAAGGACUGAAGGCCACGUGGAAGGUGUGCAAUUGCAGGAGCAUUCCUAUCUUGAAAAGAGCCUACUGACUACCAAGGAAGUGCCGCCAUCCAAAGAGGGUGAAGUAGCUUUGACCGUUGCUCCAAAGAGAGGGAGACCCAAAGGUAACAUCUCAAGGACAUGCCCUCAUUGUGGUCUCUUGGCCUCUAGUAUUACAAACCUGACUGUUCACAUUCGACGAAAACACAGUCACCAGUAUAGUUAUUUAUGCAAAGUGUGUAAGUAUUACACUGUAACUAAGGGAGAUAUGGAGCGUCACUGUGCCACUAAGAAACAUAAAGGACGUGUAGAAAUAGAGGCAAAUGGCAAACAGAGUUCAGAUAUCAUUGUUGGCCCGGAAGGGGGCAACCUUGAAGCCUGUGGAAAGAAUGCAGUCUGGGCAGGCUCAGAUGAACUUGCUAACAGGUCAGCUGGAUCAGACAAGCCAGUGGCAGAGCACGGGAAUCCAACUCAAGUCGGAGUUGAAAAUGUAUUUCCUCCUACAGAUGGGGGAGUCAACAGUCUGCUUGCUGAGAAGAAGGCACAAAUGUCUCUAGAACCAGAGGACCCUCUCCAGGAGGCAGACGUGUGCUCCCAGAGAGAGAUCACGGGUACAAGUGAUAACAAGUGUGCACACUGUGAUUUUAACGCUCACUCUUCUGCUGCUCUAGAGCUGCAUAUAAAACGGAAACAUACAAAAGAAUUUGCUUUUUAUUGCAUGGCCUGCGAUUACUACGCGGUGACUCGUCGAGAGAUGACCAGGCAUGCAGCCACAGAAAAACACAAGAUGAAGAGGCAGUCUUACCUGACCUCUUCUGCUGUAGAAGCAAGUUCUUCAGACGUGUCCAGGAAUAUCAUGAUCCCUGAAGAGCAGCAGCAACAGAGUUCUGAAGAAUAUCAGAUCCUUUCAGACCAGCCAUCGGAAGAAAUUCUGAAAUCUAAAAGUACUGCUGAGUGUCGUGUGUUGGAUAAGCAUGCUAGUCUAGACACGUCUGAGGUCCUCCGUGUUCCCACCUCCGUAGAGAUUGAGACUGAAGAAGAAUCUAAUCUCAGUGAAGAUCGUUCCUUUUGUGAGACUUUGCAGCAGCCCCUGGCCAGGGGUAAAGCUCUGACACCUGAGGAGAUGGUGUCCCUUCAUAUUUCCUCUAACUGCGGCUCCGCAAGCGGAUUUCAGAAUGAAAAUUCAGGAAGCUCAGCUGUGGAUGAGGCAGCAGAGAGAGCUCACAGCACGUUGAAUGACACUGGCGAUGUGAGCACGCGUGGCGAGAGUGAUGUCAGCCAGGCGGGGGAGAAUGCAGAGAAAGCUCUUAGCAAACACGGGUGUCCUGGAGGUCUUGGGGGAGGGCACCCGGCUGAAGGCACCGUCCCCGAUGUGAUGACAAGGACAAGGCAGGAGCUGAACCUGGAGAGUGGUGGUCAGAACGAAGUUGGGAGUGUGCAGAGUUCAGAGGAUUUGAAAGAUAUCCGAGAAGACCCCGUUCUGGAGAACAAGGAAAUUCUGAUGAAUUCCCAGCAUGAAACUAGAAUUAUUUUGGAAGAGGACGGUCCAGCUUCUGAUAGCACAGUUGAAAGUAAUGAUGUUUAUGAGACUAUAAUCAGUAUUGAUGACAAAGGACAGGCCAUCUACAGUUUUAGCCGAUUUGAUUCUUCCAUAAUAAGGAUAAAGAACUCUGAAGAUGGAGAAUUGUUAGAGCCGUCUGAAGAGGGUCUGGUAACAACAAGUGUGAGAAUUAGUGAGUUGCCCUUAAAAGACGGUGCCCAAGGUGUGAAAAGGAAGAAAUCUGAAGGUAGUACCUUUGGCGAAUCCACACGAAUUCGUUGCGAUGAUUGUGGCUUCUUAGCAGAUGGUUUGAGUGGACUGAAUGUUCACAUAGCCAUGAAACAUCCUACAAAAGAGAAACACUUUCAUUGUUUACUGUGCGGAAAAUCGUUCUACACGGAGAGCAAUCUCCAUCAGCAUUUGGCCAGUGCUGGUCACAUGAGGAACGAACAGGCCAGUGUAGAGGAGCUUCCGGAGGGAGGGGCCACCUUUAAAUGUGUCAAGUGUACAGAGCCCUUUGAUUCAGAACAGAAUUUAUUUCUGCAUAUUAAAGGGCAGCAUGAAGAACUGCUCCGGGAGGUGAACAAGUACAUAGUGGAAGACACUGAGCAAAUCAACCGCGAGAGAGAAGAAAACCAGGGAAAUGUUUGCAAGUAUUGCGGAAAGAUGUGUCGAAGUAGCAAUUCGAUGGCGUUUCUAGCACAUAUUCGCACUCAUACAGGAUCAAAACCAUUCAAGUGCAAGAUAUGCCAUUUUGCAACAGCUCAGCUUGGCGAUGCCAGAAACCAUGUCAAAAGGCACCUUGGGAUGAGGGAAUACAAGUGUCACGUCUGUGGGGUUGCUUUUGUAAUGAAGAAGCACUUAAAUACACAUCUCCUAGGCAAACAUGGAGUUGGCACCCCAAAAGAAAGGAAAUUUACAUGCCACUUAUGUGAUAGAAGUUUCACCGAAAAGUGGGCCCUGAACAACCACAUGAAGCUCCACACGGGAGAAAAGCCAUUUAAGUGUACCUGGCCCACGUGCCAUUACUCAUUCCUCACGGCCUCCGCCAUGAAGGACCACUACAGGACGCACACAGGCGAGAAGUCGUUUCUGUGCGACCUCUGCGGCUUUGCCGGCGGGACACGGCACGCCCUCACCAAGCACCGCCGCCAGCACACAGGAGAAAAGCCUUUCAAAUGUGAUGAAUGUAACUUUGCCUCCACAACCCAGUCUCAUCUGACUCGGCACAAGCGGGUGCACACGGGAGAGAAGCCCUACAGAUGCCCCUGGUGUGACUACAGGUCAAACUGUGCUGAAAACAUCCGCAAGCACAUUUUGCACACGGGCAAACAUGAAGGAGUCAAGAUGUACAACUGCCCCAAAUGUGACUACGGAACAAACGUGCCUGUGGAGUUCCGAAACCACUUGAAAGAGCAACAUCCGGACAUCGAGAACCCUGACCUGGCUUAUCUGCAUGCUGGACACAGAUGGCCCGGACAUGUUUGUGGCUCCGCAAAGGUGAGGGAGCUGCUGAGCUGCCAGUCAGCAGAGAUUGAUGAACCCGAGGAGUCCUGAGCUCCGAGCUGGCAGGGCACCAAGGGCAUCAGCAUCUGAAACCGGCCUCUCCUGUGGUCUCAGCUCCUCACGCACACAUGGAAUUUCCGGGUCGACUUUUCCUAGUUCAUGUCAGUCCCUGCUUAUAGCAAGUCAGAGAAAUCGUGGGAAGGUUACACUUUGUGAAGCUAGGAAGCUGUGAACACCUAGAGGAACACCUGGAGACCAGCAUGUGAGGGAAGCGGAAGAGACCCACGCGUCAGCUUCCUGUUCUCGUGCGCGCUCUUGGAUUUGGAUCGCGUUUAACGGAGAGCAGUGCCUUGGAGCCUUAGAUGGUUCUGUUUCUGGCUAGCUUAUCUUCUGUAAUACAUUUGGUUUCUAGAACUAUAUAUUUUAAAUGGUUUGGCACCAAUAAAAAUUAGAGAAAUGUAAAUAUAAUAGCAGCUAGACAAUUUUAUUUUUAAGAUUAAUAGUCUCUCUUUUAGUGAAGGUGAGUCAUGUGGUCAUUUUUCUAUUUAAAAUGGCGUACUGGCUUUGUAGCUUAUGCAUAUAUAUUCUUUAAAAUCAAUAAGUAUUCAAUAUUGGUACUAAAUUUAAACAUGGCUAUUCUAUAACAUUUCCUAAAAUUUAUCCUUACCCUAAUGGGCUUUCCAUGAACAUUAUGAAGUAAGUUGAGCUUUAUGUUCAGUGAUUUUUCUAACAUUUCUGAGCCGAGUAAAUCUUCACAGCAGUCACGCUAUGUCACUUAAUCCACUUCAUCCACUCAAACUCUCAGAUAAGUCCUACAUUCAGCAUUCAGAGCCUGAAGUUCAGCCCGGUGCCCUCAUUAGAAUUCCCUGGCUCUGAUGAGUUUUGUUACAUAAUUUUGAGAGAAAAGAGUAGGUCUGAAGCUUCCUUUUAUACAUGACCCUCCCACCUAAGUUAGCACUUCCCAGCUCAGAAUGGAACCAGGGAAGCUCGUGAGGAUGUCAGGCUCUGAGGCCUUCCCACCUCCUCACACCUGCACUGCCACAUCCAUGAGAACUGAAGUCACGCUUGCAGCCAUAGGUGAGCGGGGGGAGGAGACUCGUUCAUUUAUUCAACAGAAGGCUGCUGAGCACCACGCUAGGCACUGCUCUGGGGAACUAGGAUGUGUCAUGAACAAAACAGACUCCUACUCGUGGAGCUACUCUGCUUCCAGCAGAAGACAGACAUUCAACGGAAGGCAUAGGGAGUAAGUAAACCAUGCAGUUUGUUACAAGUGAAGUGCUGUGAGAAGAAUGGAGAAGAGGACCAGGGACUGGGGUCUGGAGGUGGAGCUGCGUGAGGAGGGGUCAGGCAGUUACGGUGUGAAAUCGGGACAUCCCGGUGGGCCUUGUUGAGAUGGGACAGAUGAGCGAAGACUUGAAGAUGGGAAGGAAUCCCUCGUGGAUCUGUCUGGCACAAGAGUGUUCUGAACAGAGAGAAUAGUCAGCGCACAGGCCACCAGGAUUGGAGCACAUGAAAGAAGUGGGGAAAGGCAGCGUAUUUACUUGGAAAACUGAAGAUUUAUGUACAAAAGCUAUAUAAGGUCAAGAAAAGCUGGUAGAGUAGCGUAAGGUGGAACUUCAGACUUCUGUCCGAGGUGAAACUGCUGCUGACAGGAAAAAUGAGCGUUUACUGCGAAUAACGGUAGGUGUUAUCACUGAGGGGAGAUUUUAAGAUGCCCUGUGCCUAGAAGUCUUAGACUAAUUUUUCGGCCACCGACAUAUAGAAAUGACAGCUCUGUCAAUAAGAAACUGUAUGCUUCAGGGAAGUAGAUCAAUUCAGUAAUGACAACCCCAUGGGGAGGUAAAGUAAACCGUGUGCCAUAUCUGGGGCUAGUCAUUCUUGAAGCCAGCAAUCACUUCUUGAACAUCAUUCUAUGUAACAUUGUAUGGCAAGGUAGAGGGUCGAAUACACAAGUAAAUAAACGUGGCCCAUGCCCAUGGAUAAAAUGUAUGAAUAAAUAAGGAAAAAUGAAAUUUUUAUUUCAAUAUUGUUUGUGUCGCUUCUCUCCAAAGUGAUCUACAGAUCCCUAACAAUCCUAGGCUUCUUUGUAGUAAUUUUUAAGCUGAUUCUAAAACUUAUGUACCAGUGCAAAAGCUCUAGAUUAGUUGAAACAGUUUUAAAAAGAGCAAAAUGUGGAAUGCUUGCACUACCUGAUUUCUAGACUUAAUAUGAAGCUACAGUAACCAAGAUAGAACAGAAUGGUUUGGGUGUAAGGAUAGAAAUAAUAUGCUUAGUUGAUUUUCUACAAAGGGGAAAAGGAUAUUUUAUUUUCAACAAAUCAUUGGAAUAUUUGGAUACCCAUGCAGAAAAAAAAAAAGAAAAGAAAAACAGGACCAUGACCCUUACUUCACACUCUUCAUAAAAAUUAACUCGAAAUGCAUUUAUAGACCCAAAUAUAAAAUCUAAGGCUGUAAAACUGCUAAGGGAAAAUGUGGGAGAAAGUCUUUUUGACCUUGGUGUAGCAAAGACACCUUAGCUAAGACACAAACAGUUACAACCCAUAAAAGGAAGUACUGAUCAGUUGUCCAUCAAAAGUGAUAACUUCUCUUCAAAAGACACCAUUAAAAAAAUUAAAAGUCAAGCCGCAGAUUAAAAGUAUUUGCUAUGCAUAUAUCUGAGAGAUCUAUGCUGUGUAUAUAUCCAGAGUAUACAAAGUACAAUCUACAACUCAAUGUUAAGAAGACAAAGAACCGAAUAAAAAAUAUGUAAAAGAAGGUAUCCAAAUGGCCAAAAAGCACAAGAAAUGAUGCUAACCAUCACCAGUCAUCGGGGAAAUGCAAAUUACAACCAUAAUGACAUGCCACUAUGCAGCCACUAGAAUGGCUAACAUUAAAAAGACUGAGGAUGCCAAAUGUCAGUGACGAUGUGGAGCAUCUGGGAUUGUCAUGCAUUGCUGGUGGGAGUGUGAAAUGGUACAGCCAGUUUGGAAAACUGUUUAACGGUUUCUUACAAAAUUAAACAUAUACUUACUUGCCAUAUGACCCAGCAAUUCCACUCCUAGGAAUUUACCCGAGAGGAAUAAAAGCAUAUGUCCGUGCAGAGAUUUGUAUUUGAAUGUUUAUAAUAGCUCUGUUUAUAAUAGCCAAAGCUAAAAAUAACCCCAAUGCCCAUCAACAGAUGAGUGGAAAGGCAAAUUAUCCAUAACAUGGAAUAUUACUCAGCAAUAAAAAUGAACCAACUCCUGACACAUCCAGCAGCACGGAUGGUUUGCAAAACCGUUACGCUGAGCAAAUGAGGCCAGGCACAAAAGAUCAAGUGUGCUUCCACUUAUUUUAGAAUUUGUGACGGGCGUUCCUAACUGAUAGUGAUAUACCCCAGAUCUGUGGUUUCCUGGGGCUGGAAUGGGGGGCAUGAGGAAACCUGUUGGCGGGGGGGAGGAAAUAUUUUAUAUCUUACUUUUGGUGAGAGCUACAAGAGUACAUAGAUUUGUCCAACUCACUGGACCACACACUUCUGUGUCUAAUUUAUUGACUGUAAGUUGUUCCUCAAUAAAGUUGCUUUUAAAAAAUCAGGUGGAAGCUGGAGUGUUCAAGGUGAAGCACCACGUAGUCCGCGAGGAAAUAGCGAGCGGAGCUCCCUAAUCAAAGGAGAGCUCUCCAGAAAAAUGUACUUUGUGCUGGACCUUAGAUGCUUGAGAUGAGGGAGAAAUGCUGUCUCGGUACAGGAUGUAGAAAACAAUGUGAGUGAGGUCAGCUCGCAUAGAGGGGACUCUGCUCGGUGAUUGGCCUGUGCUUGUCAUCACUGAGCGGAGCCCUGUGGAUCGGGAGAAACGGGGGCCGUUCCAGCAGCGGAGAUAGAUGGCCAGGCGUGCCCAUGCGUGGGGGGUGCGCCAGGGCUGCGUCCUGCACCAGAAUGUCUCUCUUUUCUUCCUUCCCUUUUGUGUGUUCGUUUUGGGGGUGGGGGGGCUUUUUGUUUGUUGCUCUAAAUGACAUUAUUGCAUUACUGGAACAUUUGAUGACAUUUGAGAAGAAAGCCCCUGCUCUUAGGACACUCACAGGGAAAAAUUUACAAGUAAGAGAACAUCAGUUCUGCAAACUUACUCUUGAAUGGUUUACAAAAAGGAAAGCAAUAAUAUGUGCACAUAGAGAGGGAGCAGACGAAACAAAGUCUCAUGUGCACAGUGAAGCGACACAAGGAUGAGCGAGGCCUGUGACCUUCUCCGCUUGCAGACUGUAAGCCUGAAAUUAUUUCUGAUUACAAAGUUACGAAAAGUAAAAAUCAAGUUGGGUCAAGGUACUAUUUGCUGAAAGUCAUGCAUAUUGCCUGUGAGCAAUAACUGAGAAGAACCACAGAAGUGACUGGAAUUAAAAUUUUCGGAGCAGGCGUGUCAGGAGAUUGUGCAUUCUUAUGUAAAGUUUCGGGAUAGGGCAGUGCGGCCAGCGCGGGAAGGGGCAGACAUAUGCAGAGUGUGAUUACCGCUGCUGGCGUGUGGUCAUGCAAUACAUGUGCCGGGAUCAGUGCUUAGAUUUUCAGAUGAUGGGGUGCUCCUUGCAACAUGUCCGCUGAUCGGGAAACCAUUCACAAAUGAUGGCAGUGGCCUUCAGGACCAAGGGGACGGGAGAUCAGAAAAGGGGCCGGGAGGGGUGCUCCUUGCAGUGCAAGUCCGAGCAGUAAGCAAAGGGCUCCGACAAAACUCUGACAGUAGAUCUGAAGACGAAGUAGUUUUUAUGAGUGACAAGGGGGAGAAAAGCUAAUAUCGAUUUACUGACUACCGAGACACACGCUAUGGAAUUCCCAGGAGAUGGAAUGGUAUUCAGGUGUAAUAGAAACGAUGAGCUGUGGUUCUGUGUCCAUGCGCUUUUUAGGAACACGCAAGAAAUCUUAUCUACUCACUGUAUGCAAGUGUUUUCUUUGACUUUUUUUUUUGUGAAAACCGUUUGAGAUCAUGCAGUUGCUCUCUUCCUGAACGUUGUGUUAGUCGGGUGUUUAUUGAAUCUAGCUUCUGGAAGGAAGGUGCAGUAAGGUCUCAGGGAGAUGAGGGAGAAGCAGGGAGGGAGGGCAGGGCUCCGCGGGCCUCGCGGUGGGAGCCGCUGAGCCAGGGAGCAGCGUUAAGAUGACAUACAUUUGAAGACUGAGUCGGGGCUGCCUGUGAGCGGUGGGAGCGUCACAGAGGGGCCAGGAGACUAGCUAGGAAGCUGCCGCAGCCACUGGACAGAGCGAGGGUCCCGGGCCAGGUUGAGGUUUGGGUAGGCGAGUUGUGAAGUGUGCAGAUCAAGACAAAGUUUAGAAGUACCGGACUGUCCCGGAAGUGUCAGUGCCAGUCCGCAAUGAAAUCAGCAUUUCCCUUCAGUUCUUGAGUUGUUUGCUGACAAUGCGUGUGUGGCUCUGGGUCGUCCUAUCUUCUGUCCCACUGUAUGUCUUGUAUUUCUGCUUUCUCUCUGUUUUUUUCUAGGUUAUAGUUUUCAGAGAAAUUGUCAAUGAACUUGUCAAUGCAUUCUUUUUAAAGGAAGACACUCAAAAGGGGGUUGGGUGGGAAAGGCAGAGGGGAAGGUGGUUCACUUGGGGACACUUGGGAGCCACACGCUUCACCUAGCUUAGGGGAUGUGGGCAGCUGCCCUCCCUCUUCUCCCUUCUCUUUUUUUCCCCCCUUAAAAUCUCUGUGUUAGACCAGAGAAAUCUGCACAUAGUUUGAGUGAGUGGUUGUAUUGUUUUUAUCCUGGGAUGUGCAUCUCAAAAUAAAAAUCAAUUUUUAAGAAUUUUUUUUAAGGUUAGGAUUAUAAAACCAUUUGUUCUUUUUGUUAAAAUUCUCUUUUUAACUGCUGCUGUGGCAUGAGUAGUUAUGGUCUUUAAACAUUUUUAAAGUAAAUUUUUUGAAACUUCACACACUGAGUUCAGUGCUAGAGACAGUAUUUAGAAAAAUCACUUCAGUUCAUUUUUAAUACUAACUGAGUAACGUUCAGUGUUAAACUGUUCACACAUUCAGUGCUGUUAUUUUAUGUUUAUCAGUCUGUUUAAUAAACUCUUUGCCAUAAGGUGGUUCCUGUUGGAAAAGCAGGCCAACAAGCAUUAUCUUAAUUUUUAACAGUUGUAAAGCUUUUGACACCAUAAAAUGGAUGAGUGUGUCCUUUCUGUGUAAAUGUUAGAGCUUUUGAAGAGAAGGAGAAUAGGGCUUCAAUUAGUCACCUUUCCUGAUCUGAGAAGUGCUUGUCACUUAUUACAGCGAUAAACAUGAUUGGUCACUUGGAGCCUUAGGUGUAUUUUACCUGUGUUCUUCUGGCAUCCUGGGUGUUUUAAUUUUAAAAUUUAUUUAGGAAAAGGAAAUGAAAUCAGGAGGCUACGAGAAACAAGUAUUUCAUAGUCUCAUGCACAAAAGGCAGGUGCUCUGAUUUCAUUACUCAACCUCAGUACACAGGGAGCAAAUAGCUUGGAAAAUGAUUCUUUUAAUAUGGGAUUUAGAAUUAGGUUACAACUUCUGUUGAUGAAGAAAAUGUGAGGAUCCGAAUGGACAUUAGACAUUUUAGAUUAGAAAGAGGAAAGGAAAGUAAUGAGUCUUAUUUCUAAAUGAAUUUAAAAAGCAAUCUGAUUUUAGUUCUAGCAAUGCAGAGAAAAUAAAAUAAAAACUAUCGUACUUUAUUUACUAACCAAUGAAUUGAAUUGUCUGCCUUUUAUUACAGAUAUAAAGUAAAGACUAUGAAGAGACAAUCAUUUUUGUAGCUAUCAGACAUUCAGUAACAUAUCUCUUGUGGUUUAAAUAACAGAUAGUUUAAGUGUUUUUCCAUUACCUUGGUGUAAAUGAAAAAUGCAUAAAAUAUUUUAACAAGGCAAAGUAAUCCAAGGAGAUUGUUAUUUUGUGUUACAAAUUAGGUUAUUUCUGUCAUAAAAUUAAAGAAAAAAAAUCAACGUUAGGACAUUUCAGCUUAAUAUCAUUUACUAGAAGGAACAUGUAACAGAUUUAAUGAGCUAGCAGGUCACCUGAAUCCAGCUGUUUCCGACCAGCUUUACGAAACAGAGAAUGCAGCUAGCAGUGGGAGGUAAGCAUUAUUACAAGCUCUCGAGGAGUUACAAAAUCGAUUUCUGCUUGAAUGAAUUAAUUUAGAUUAUCAAUUUAUAACCAGCUACACGAAUCCCAUCAACUCAACAAUUCAGUGAAUGAUCAGGUUCAACCCUCGUAAGAGCUGCACAAUUAGGGCCUGCAUCGGGCCUGCAGUUACCGCCUGUCCUACCGCGUCGCAAACAAAGUUACUCGCCUGAACAAAAGGGAAGGGGAGUGUUGGCUUAGGUAUAGUGCAGAGGGAAAACGCAGCAGCUUAGAAAAUAAAGUAAAAAUUCUGCCCGUGAGUUUGGGACUUUGUUCUCUGGAACCAUUUCCAUCCCAUGAGAGGGUAAUUUUGACCAUUCCAACUGAAUUUUUAAGUCAUCACAGUUCGUACUUUGGAACAUUUGGUAAUUAACUACCUAGACCCCAUUAGCAAAUGAUGUGACAGCCGUGGUCCUUUUCUUGUCCCUAAAGCUGUGAGGGUUGGGAUUGUAAGCAUCUGUUUGGGGGUAAAAGACUGGCUCCUGUCUGCUCCCCUUCUUCCCGUUCAAAGUAACUCUCCUACGUGAGCAGUUCAUUUCCUCUCCGUCAGGGAAGGAUCUUGCUUUCCACCUCCUGUCUGCUCCCCUGUGACAUCACCGGUGUGUUAACGCUGGCUGACUUUUCUCCCACUAACCACUAUGGUGAGCAUGUAAGAAUGAACUUGUGUAAAUGUCCUGUGGUCACCUACGUUCUCUUGCUCCUGCCACUGCCGUGCCCCCCUGUCCGCGCAGCCCUGUGGCACUGGUGCUCUCCCUAUAGCGCUGGCCAGCCAGCUGCCCACCUGGGCCAGGGUGCUGUCUACUUCUCCAGGGCACUUCUUACGCGGCAGGGGCUUCAGACAAACAGGCCUGAGGUCAUGUCGCUCCAGAACUCCCUGGUUCUGCUGCAGCUGCCCCCAGCCUUCCAAGCCAGCCCUUCCCUUGUCUGCCCCGAGGACUCCACUUCUUCGUAAGACAUUUUUCCUACCAAAUCUUCCCUUGACCCUAUUACUCCUCUGUUGUUUCCCUCUGUGACGCUAACACUUCACGCGUGUAUGUGUUCAUCUUGCGCCGGUCACUCUGGCGCUCAUUGUUCUGUGUGGUCUCUGCCGUGCGUGUGACAUUUGUGCUGCUCGUCUUCAAGGUGAGGAACCCGGGUGCCAGCUCUCAGGCGGGACCGACACUUGGGACUGUCCUCCCCACGGCCCCAUCUGUGGCAGGGCUGGAAUUCGAACACAGGCCUUUAACUACGUAUUUAAAUAUUCUCUGUUUCCAUGGGAGCUUGUUUCUGUUGAUUUUAAUUCUCCUGGGGCAGAGACAGUUUUACUUCCUCUUCUUUACUUGGCUGGCCUGGCUCAGCAAAGACGGAGUGGAAGUGCUAAAUAAAAUUACUUUUUGAGUUAAAAGAAACCGCUUGUUCCUAGAACCUUGUCUUCUGUGUCUGUCUUCCCGGCCUGCCUCUGCCUUCUGCCUGCUUCCAUGUGGGAAGAUCCCUUGUCCUUCCACUAGAGGACCUGGCGUGGUCAAAAUCCCUAUCGUCCUUCCCCUCCAAUCCAUUUCUCCAUAAAAUUAUUUUCUUUUUCCAUCAAAUUCUCUUCUCCUCUUUUAUCCAUUUUACGUAAAUCAUCACUUAUUUUUAUUGUAUUCUCUUAUGUUUGUUUUUACUGUACCUUGUGAAUUUUGAACCAGGUAAAUGUGUCGCCUACUCAAAAAAUAAUUAAUUUUAAAUGGCAUGAUAUAGUCCUAGCCCAGAAGAUUCUUGGGAGAAUAAACAGAGAAGUUGGUUGUAAAGGGGGUUUACAGUCUGUAAGGUGAUUGUAUGGCAGGGGGUGAAUGUCACUUGGUUGUCACGGUCACUUCUGUUGUCACGAGGCUGAAGUGAUCGUAUCAGUCAAGGGCAUAGCCUCUUUGUCUUUGUAUUCUUUCAACAUCAGCCUUAUGUGAUUUAAACCAGCACAGUUUCCGAAAUAAAAGCUGUGUGUGUGUCAGAGUUCUCAUUAGAUCACUUCCUACUGGAGGACAAACCUGGCCUGUCGUCAUGUGGCGAAAGCAAGACCCGGGCCAGGAAGUUCACGAAAGAUCCACCCCUUGUCUUGCUUUCAUUUUGCUCCCUUUUUUCUGCUUAAAGUUUUGAUGUACUUUAUUAAUGAAAAUUUUGUAUUCACUGUUAAAUUGCAAUUAAUAUUUACCUGCCGGUUUUGUGAUGGACCUUACGUAGAACACAUGUAAGCAUGAGCUCCUGGGGCUGCAGAUGGGAAGGGGACACAGGUGCCCUAGAGCACUUGGAGAGUGAUUAUGCUCAUCAGAGUGAUGACAUCACACCAGCGGAAGGUGGUCGUGGCCUCUUGUAUGAUGUAGUAACGUAGCCUCCCAGAAGCCUCCCUCUUCCACCCCCAUCCCAGUGUGGUUUAUUAGUUGUCGCUUCCAGAAUUGUCUCUCUGGAGUCCCUGCCAAAAGUGGAUCAUUUCUGUUCAGAGUCAUCAAUGCCCAUCACAUGAGGUCCCACUGAUCCUGGGGGUGGGAGCCAGCCCUUGGCCAUGUUUGUUUCUCCAGGAGCUAACAGAGUUCCUACCUAGCACAGAAGGAAAAAGGAAACAGGCAGUUGGGGGCGGGGGUGGGGGGAGUAUCUUUAAAAUGUGGGCUGUAACAGUAGGAGUUCAGCACUGAGAGACCAAGAUGGGCGGGUCAAUGAGGAAGGAUCAGGGCUUUAAGAAGCAAAGCGUGAGUCCAGCAAUACGUGCCAUAUGCUCUACAAGAGAGUGGAAGCCAUAACUUGUAGAUCCAGUAUUCCAUUUUCCUUACAAAAUUGU